CAGUGAAGCAAUAUCCAUGGCAGCCCCAGCCAAGCUGAGCCCAUCCCACCUGACACCAGAUAAAGGGGAGACGGGCUCUCUUCAGCAGGACUUGGCCACGGACACCAGCGGAAAAGGGAGAGAACCCCUCAACACCAGCCCAGGUGAGCCCAGAAGUCAGGUCCGGGGACAGAGUCAGGGUCCCGAACACCUUCCCCGAGCCCAAUUCCUGCUCUCAGCUAUCCCUGACGGCAUGGGAUCCGGAGCUGGAACCAGAUGAGAAGUGACAUCUCCGAGUCCCCCUACGCUCCGAACAGACUUCAGCAAAAACAGUCCUCGGCCCCUGCACCCACCCUCUGCCUGAGGCUAAAGUGCUGGCAUCAAAGAAGCCCUGCUGAGAUCUCCGCUGAGGUCAACCGGCUAUGUCCUUUGGAAACUGGAAGCCCACAGUGGUGGUCCAGGGUAUACUCUGGAUCCUGUAUGGAUUGCUGCUGCAGCCGGAGCCAGGGACAGCGACCCUGCCCCUGCUCAUGGACUCUGUCAUCCAGGCGCUGGCGGAGCUGGAGCAGAAGGCGCCAGCCACUGAGACUGGCCGUAGGGCCGCUGCAUGGCUGCUGUCAGCCCAGGGCUCUGGUACCCUCAGUCCCCUCCGUCACUUCCUGCUGGAGGGGAAGGGUCUCAACACCACCGAUCUGGAUCCUCCUUCGCUGAGCCCAGAGCUUCGAGGCCUGAUGGGAGAGGUGGCGAGACACAGCGUGCAGGAUGGGAAGGAAUAUGGGGUGGUUCUAGCACCCGAUGGCUCGACCGUGGCUGUGGAACCUCUUCUGGCAGGGCUUUGGGCAGGGCUUCAGGGACACAGAAUCGUAAACCUCUCCUUAGAGAGCUCGGCCACCCCUCCAGAUGCUGAAGUCACCUUUCCAGACCUUGCAGACACCUCCCCGGGGCUCAGCGAUGCCUCUCCUGAUGUCACCUCUGCGGAUGUCAGAGCUGUGUCUCCAAAUGUUAGCACCAAAGAUCUAGAUGUUGGAGCCACCUCUCCAGAAGUUAGACCUGGCUCUCCAGAUGUCCAAGCCUCCUCUCCAGAUACCAAGGCCAAGUUACCAACCGCUGUGGACAGCGUCCUUGUGGUCACCCUGGCUGGAGACCUGGGCCUGAACUUCCUCCAGGGCCCUCAGACCUGGAAUCAUUCUGGACUGGGAAUUGAGGGAUGCUGGGACCAGCUCUCUGUUCCCAGGACCUUUACGCUCCUGGGUCCGGAGGCAUCACCCCUCACCACGGCCUUCCUCAAUGGUGCCCUGGACGGAGCCCUCCUUGGAGACUACCUCAGCCAGACCCCUGAGCCCCGGCCACCCCUCAGUCACCUGCUGAGCCAGUACUAUGGAGCCGGGGUAGCAGGAGACCCAGGAUUCCGAAGCAACUUCCGACGGCACAACGGAGCUGCUCUGACUUCGGCCCCCACCCUGACCCAGCAAGUAUGGGGGGCCCUCAUCCUGCUACAGAGACUAGAGCCAGCACAUCCUCGUCUACAGGGCAUGAGCCAAGAAGAGCUGGCACAGGUGGCCACCCAUGCUUCCGAGGAGUUCACUGAGGCUUUCCUAGGGUGUCCAGCCAUCCACCCGCGUUGCCGCUGGGGUGCCGCACCGUACCAGGGCCGCCCGACGCCGCUGAAGCUGCCGCUCGGGUUCUUGUAUGUGCACCACACGUACUUGCCCGCGCCACCCUGCACCAGCUUUAAGCUCUGCGCCGCAGACAUGCGCUCUAUGCAGCGUUUCCACCAGCAGACGCAAGGCUGGGCGGACAUAGGAUACAGUUUCGUGGUGGGCUCAGACGGCUACGUGUACGAGGGCCGCGGAUGGCACUGGGUGGGUGCGCACACACUCGGCCACAACUCCCGCGGCUUCGGAGUGGCCUUGAUCGGCAACUACACCGCGGUGCUGCCCUCAGAGGCCGCGCUGCGCGCGGUGCGAGACGAGCUCCCGCGCUGCGCUGUACGCGCCGGCCUCCUGCGGCCCGACUACGCGCUGCUAGGCCACCGCCAGGUCGUGCGCACCGAGUGCCCUGGCGACCGGCUCUUCAACCUGCUGCGCACCUGGCCGCAUUUCGACCAGAAUGUGAAACCAAGAACUGCCAGGAGGGCCUCCAGCAGAUCCAAGAGAAGACCACCUCCAAUGAUACUGCUAUCCACUGACCUCCAAUAAAGAGACCUUGGAGGGGCUUCCCUAGUGGUCCAGUGGUUGAGAAUCCACCUGCCAAUGCAGGGGAUAUGGGUUUGAUCUCUGGUCUGGGAAGACUCCACAUGCUGCGGAGCAACCAAGCCUGUGGCCACAACUACUGAGCCCCAGCUCUAGAGCCCGCAAAUCACAACUACUGAGCCAGAGUGCUGCAACUAUUGAAGCCUUGCACACCUAGAGCCCCGUGUUCCACAAGAGAAGCCACUGCAAUGAGAAGCCUGAGCAGUGCAAUGAAGAGCAGCCCCCACUUGCUGAAACUAGAGAAAGCCCACCACAACAACAAAGGCCUAGCACAGCCAGAAAAUAAAAUAAUUUUUUUAAAACACUAAAAAAAUAAAGGACACCAUGAAU